AUGAACAUCAUUUCCCACAAAAGGAAACAAGAUGCCUUAGAGAUACGGCUGUUUCCUGGUCUUGCUGAAAAUAUAAGAGAAGAACCUGUCCUACCAAAUGGGAACUGGCACAAAACAGACGUACAAGGGCCAGAUUACAACAAGUCCUUUAGGUCAGGCUUCUUCAAGCUGACUUCUAAAGUCAACCUUAUUGACACUGUGGACAAGCUUUUAUUUGAAGCUACAGAUAUUCCGGUAAGCUCCUUAAUGAAAGCCCACUUAAGGCAAAAAGCCCCCUCAGAUAAUACCAUGGGUUUCAAUGUAAUUAGGCUACUGAGCGGAUCAGCUGUAGCACUGGUUAUAGCCCCCACUGUCUUACUGACAAUGCUUUCUUCUGCCGAACGAGGAUGCCCUAAGGGCUGUAGGUGUGAAGGCAAAAUGGUAUAUUGUGAAUCUCAGAAAUUACAGGAGAUACCCUCAAGUAUAUCUGCUGGUUGCUUAGGUUUGUCCCUUCGCUAUAACAGCCUUCAAAAACUUAAGUAUAAUCAAUUUAAAGGGCUCAACCAGCUCACCUGGCUGUACCUUGACCAUAACCAUAUCAGCAAUAUUGAUGAGAAUGCUUUUAAUGGAAUACGCAGACUCAAAGAGUUGAUUCUGAGUUCCAACAGAAUCUCUUAUUUUCUCAACAAUACCUUCAGACCUGUGACAAAUUUACGGAACUUGGAUCUGUCCUAUAAUCAGCUGCAUUCUCUGGGAUCUGAACAGUUUCGGGGUUUGCGAAAGCUGCUGAGUUUACAUUUACGAUCUAAUUCCCUGAGAACCAUCCCAGUGCGAAUAUUCCAAGACUGCCGCAACCUGGAACUUUUGGACCUGGGAUAUAACCGGAUCCGAAGUUUAGCCAGGAAUGUCUUUGCAGGCAUGAUCAGACUCAAAGAACUUCACCUGGAGCACAAUCAAUUUUCUAAGCUCAAUCUGGCCCUUUUUCCAAGGUUGGUGAGCCUUCAGAACCUUUACUUGCAGUGGAAUAAAAUCAGUGUCAUAGGACAGACCAUGUCCUGGACCUGGAGCUCAUUACAAAGGCUUGAUUUAUCAGGCAAUGAGAUCGAAGCUUUUAGUGGACCUAGUGUUUUCCAGUGUGUCCCAAAUCUGCAGCGCCUCAACCUGGAUUCCAACAAGCUCACAUUUAUUGGUCAAGAGAUUUUGGAUUCUUGGAUAUCCCUCAAUGACAUCAGUCUUGCCGGGAAUAUAUGGGAAUGCAGCAGAAAUAUUUGUUCCCUGGUAAACUGGCUGAAAAGUUUUAAAGGACUGAGGGAGAAUACAAUUAUCUGUGCCAGUCCCAAAGAGCUGCAAGGAGUAAAUGUUAUCGAUGCAGUGAAGAACUACAGCAUCUGUGGCAAAAGUACCACGGAGAGGUUUGAUCUGGCCAGGGCUCUCCCAAAGCCGACGUUUAAGCCCAAGCUCCCCAGGCCGAAGCAUGAGAGCAAACCCCCUUUGCCCCCCACAGUGGGAGCCACGGAGCCUGGCCCAGAGACCGAUGCUGACACUGAGCACAUCUCUUUCCAUAAAAUCAUCGCAGGGAGCGUGGCCCUUUUCCUGUCUGUGCUUGUCAUCCUUCUCGUUAUCUAUGUGUCGUGGAAGCGGUACCCUGCCAGCAUGAAGCAGCUGCAGCAGCGCUCCCUCAUGCGAAGGCACAGGAAAAAGAAAAGACAGUCCCUAAAGCAAAUGACUCCCAGCACCCAGGAAUUUUAUGUAGAUUAUAAACCCACCAACACGGAGACCAGCGAGAUGCUGCUGAAUGGGACGGGACCCUGCACCUAUAACAAAUCGGGCUCCAGGGAGUGUGAGAUACCUUUAUCAAUGAAUGUGUCAACUUUUCUGGCAUACGACCAGCCCACAAUAAGUUACUGUGGGGUGCAUCAUGAACUUCUCUCUCAUAAAUCCUUUGAAACGAAUGCACAGGAAGAUACGAUGGAAACACACCUAGAGACUGAGCUGGACCUGAGCACAAUCACAACAGCUGGCCGAAUCAGUGACCAUAAACAGCAGCUGGCUUAA